AACUUGCUAGCUUUAGAAUAACAAAAUCUAACAUAAUUUCGAUUACUGCAAAUUUUUGGCUUUCUAAUACAAGACGUUGGACUCGAAUGAUUGAUGUUACCGAAAAUCCUUUCUUUUGUGUUGCUGCCAGAAUUAAACCAAAUGGUGACGUGGAAAGAAUUAUCCGUAGAUGUAGAAACCGUCUUUCCGCACUUUGUGUCUCAGUUAGAAAGACGUCAACUGAUGCAUCUUCAAACACAUCGUCUACACUCUCACGCGUUACUUCAUUUUCUAGUAGAAUUGAACAGACUUCUACAACUCUACAAAGAAACACAUUUCAAAGUCAGACAAUAUCUUCGUACUCAACUUCACUCAGAAGUACAUUAUCAUCUCAAUAUGUGUCUACAACUCCAGCCCUAAAAACAAUUACUAGUAUAUCUAAAGUAGUAGAUUUAAGUACUUCACUCUCGACUCCAUUUGUGUCUACAACUUCAGUUUUGAAGAUACCUACUGGUAGAUCCAAAGCCGUCAAAGAAACUACCUCAUCUACUCCGGACUUGAAGGAAAAUACAUCUCCAGUACUUGAGGAAUCUACCUCGACAGAUUUACCGGGUAAAGAUGGUGUUUCAGCAAUACUCAUCAUUGCCAUAGUAGCUGCGACGAUCCUGAUAUUCAUUGUUAUAUUAGUAACGAUUGUUUUGUGCAGAAGAAAGAAAAGUACUUUAGUUCCAAUUUCAAACGAAUCUUUGGCGAUGGUGGGAAAAGAAGUAGUGUAUGCACAAGUCAACAAGCCGACCGUUAAACGUGAACAAAGCACGUCAAGCCUAAAACCACAGGGAGCUGCAUUCGAUGACACAUACGACCACAUGGAUCAUCGUCGACUUAGUCAGACCCACAAUUCAACAGAAAGUAACUAUGACACCAUUCGCAGUAUUGCAAAUGUAGGAGAAGAGGAAAACAACUAUGACCACGUGACUGGAACUCAGAACGAACCUAAACAAUUUGUAGUUGAUGUUGCCUCAAAUUACAGUCAUGUUGAGGUGGAAUUCCACGAGGUUAAAGACAUAUAAUUUGAGUAAUGGAAAUUAAGUUGUAUAAUGUACUUUGCUUUAUUUUCAAAAGAACAUCAAUCAUGGACUUUUAAGUAGCACAAGAUGUUUUAAAUAUAUAAUAAAGGACUUUUAUAGUAAGAUCUUCCUUUCAAUGAUUUGUAUAGCAAGAUCUUCCUUUACAAAUCCUUGAUAUAAUCAACAUUUACUAAAGUAUGAAUGUCAGUAUAAAGGUGUAAUACCACCAUUGAUCUUCCCCUAUUAGUCUUUGUAAAAUUGCACUUCUAAAACAUAUGUGAAGAAUUUAUCUUUGUUUCAAAUAAAGAAAUUUUUGGUUGUUUUAUCCUGUCUAGUUCUAUAGAAAAAAAAUCAUAGAUUAAUUACUGUCAAAUUCAAGGGGAAAUAUUUUUUCGACCUACUUUCGUAUACAACCGGAUGUGACGUACCAUGAUUUGGUGGUGUUACACCUAAAGGACAGUCAAUGUUGAGUUCAAUAGUAAAAUACAUCUUUCAAUCUUCCAAAUCAUGCUUAUUAAGAUGGAAAAUUAGAGAUCAAGCCAAAUAAUAUCCCUGUUAUGUGCAUUUCACAAGUUGAUUGUAUCCCUAUUUAUUUAGAAAAUUUUAAAAACAGACAAAAUCAAAAGUUUUGUGAAAAUGUGACAAAUGUGUAUUUUUCUAACUUUUAACAUUUUUUUGUACAUGGAAAGUGUUAAAAUUUUAUAUCAUUAUGGUGACCACUGUAAACUUGAAUCUUAGUUUUCACAAAAGUCCCUAUUAUUGAGUUUGAGAAUUUUAUUUAUACAAAACGUCAACAGAGUUCACUUUUUCAUACCAUAAAUAAUAUUUUCUGUAUGGAAAGGUUGAUAUAAAAGACUAUAGAAUAUCAGUUAUUUAACCUAGAUGAGACGACAUUUAAACUUCUAUCAAUCAAAUCAGCAUUCCGUUGUGAUAAUGCAUGAAGACACAUAUUGUCUGUGUAUCGAGUAUGAUCCGUAAGGAUAAAAUUUUACCUCAAAACAAAGAAAUGCAACUUAAUUUUAAGCAAAGGAUAGUUGAGAAAACAUUCUUCACUAUUUGUAUGUUCACAUAUGUUAUCUAUGUAUUUGUUGUUUAUUUUUCGUAAGUAUAGAUAUAUGCUCCGACUCAGAUCUGUUUAGUUGAUAUUUUACAAAAGUCUUUUUAAAAAUGUAAAAAUGAUUUUAUGAUUUUUAUUUUUGUUUUUGAUUAUAUUCGGGUUUUUUUUUAAUUAGUAUAUGCUUACAGUGCGCCCAUUCACAUACACUCGAUAUUAGUUUAUAUUUUAUAAUACUUUUUUACUGUAAGGCAAUAAAUUUGUUAUCGGGUCCAUUCGUCAAUAUCAAAGCAAUGUAAAAGGACAUUCCUUCCAGUAUUAUUUAACAAGUAGCUAGGUGCAUGAUAAAUCUAAUCAAAACUUGAAAUCACAAUAAACAGAUCCUGUCAAAACAUUUCGAAAAUAACGUACCUGAUGUUCUAAGAGUGCAUUGGAACUGACAAUUAUCUUAAAUUUAAACAAUUCUGAUACUAGUUACCGCAGGCAAUCCAAGAAAAUGUCCUAUCUACUAGUAAUGUUUUAGCAGUUCUUCAAUUUAAGUGAACAUUCUUUCACUAAACAAUUCAAAAUUUGGUGACUAUGUGGAACGCAUGUAUCCCAUCGAAUUGGAGAUAAAGGAUACUACAGAUACAGUUAAGUCAGCUUCAUAUCUUGACUUACAUCUAGAAAUUGACAAUGAGGGUCGGUUGAAGACAAAACUUUACGACAAAAGAGAUGAUUUCAGCUUUCCAAUUGUGAACUUUCCAUUUCUAAGUAGCAACAUUCCAGCAGCACCUGCAUACGGGGUAUAUAUCUCUCAAUUGAUACGAUAUUCCCGUGCUUGCAUUUCCUAUCAUGAUUUUCUUGAUAGAGGGUUACUGCUCACAAGGAAGCUAUUAAAUCAAGAGUUCCAAAUGGUGAAGUUGAAAUCAUCCCUUCGUAAAUUUUACGGACGCCAUCACGAGUUGGUUGACCGUUAUGGAAUAACCAUUUCACAAAUGAUAUCGGAUAUGUUCCUUACGUCGUAACUACAAUCCCCUUCCCUUUCAUGAAUUUGACCUACCGAAUUAGACUAUUUACCGGAUUUGUAAUCACAUAAGCAACACGACGGGUGCCGCAUGUGGA